CAACGCAGCCGCCGCCGCUUCUCGACUCCUCCAAGCCCGCAGGCCGCAGCCACCCGUCGCGGCGGCGCACGCCGCCGCCCGCCCAUUUUCCAACUCCAGCGGCGGCAGCCCCACCCGAGCGAGCGCCGAAGAUCUCCAGCCGGCAUCGCGUCCACCUCACCAGCGGAGACCGCGCCCCGAGCACCACCACCUCCGGGGCAAGCCGCAGCCGCACAGAAGCAGAGCCCACGCCGCGAGAAGACCAUGUGGCGCCGCGGAGCCGGACUGCUCCGUCUCCACCUCGCUGCCGCCGCCUCUACCCGUCCCGCGCAGCGAGCCCCGGCGCCCCUUGUACCCGCCGCCCCAUCUCUCUCGACCGCCUCUUCCUCCUGCCGCCAGAUUUUUGGAAUCUUCCGGGGUUCCAUCGGGGCGCCCUCUCGGUGCCUGUCGAACCAGGCGGGCGGCGGCGGCGCUUGCUGGAGCUGCGCCGCGACGGGGGCGUUCCUGUCUUGCGGGUCCUGCGGGAGCGUGCAGCCCGUCGACCCCGCCAUUGACUACUUCCAAAUCUUUGGCCUAAAAAGAGAAUACAACAUAAAGGAUAAUAACUUGGAAGGAAGGUACAAGAAGUGGCAAAAGAAAUUACAUCCUGACCUGGUUCACUCAAAAACUAAGAAAGAGAGAGGCUAUGCUGCGGAGCAAUCAGCGCUUGUUAUUGAUGCGUAUCGCACACUUAGCAAACCUUUAUCAAGGGCAUUAUACUUGUUAAAACUUGAGGGAAUACAUGUAGAUGAAGAAAAAACUAUCAAUGACCCAGAACUUCUUAUGGAGAUGAUGGAGAUACGUGAAGCUGUUAAUGAUGCCAGUGGUUCUCAAACCCUGGAGAAGAUCCAAUCUCAGGUUAAGAAAAAGCUCGAAAUCUGGUCCCGUUCCUUUGAGGAUGCAUUUCACAAGAAGGAUUUUGACCGUGCAAUAGAAGCAACACAGAGGAUGAGGUACUAUGAACGUGCAGUGGAAGAAACAGUGAAGAAGCUAUGAUCUUCAAUUAUAAUUGUCAAAGUUAGACUUGGAAAUUUUCCGUACAUUCCUCACACCUCCACUCUGAGAAGAGCAUAUAUUGUGAUACUUUUUCAUGGGAAGACUGGUACAGAGUAGAAGGUCAUUUCACUCGUAACUCCCACAAUUCCAAAUGCAUCCAUGGCUGUCCACAGAGAUUAAAGAGUAGAUAGAGAUUUAGAAUAAGUCUUUGCUGUAAUACAUUUAGAGAGUUAGUGGCAAGACCUGGCAUUUAUGGAUGUGUUUUGCUGGACUGCAAAUGCGCCACAGCUGGUUAUGCGAAGCAGAUGUCCUGCUGCUUUUUAUUUUUCUGCUUUGACAUGUGGUCUGGCACAGAGACCUGAUGGAUCCUAUGAUCUUUGUCAGGCUGUGGAAAAUGCUAAGCUCUGGAUAACAAGCUGCUAACAAAGCUAAACUACAAAAAGGACAAUUCCAUAUA